AUGCUGCUGAACACUAACCGUCCGUUUGACAUCCUGAAUCGAAGUGGGUUCGAUAAACAAUAUGAAGAGUACAAGCAAGGAAUGCACCUCACUCAGUGUGUUAUGAAUAUAUUCCAAGAAAAAUGUGAACUUCAAUCGAAUUAUUCACGAGCUCUAUCAGGAUUAAGUGAUCGUUUACGUGAUGCUCUAGCAAAGACAACUGGUGGUACAAUUCAUACAGCUUGGCUACGAAUAGCUACUGCUUUAGAAAUGGAAUCACAAUUAAAUGAAAGCAUUGUUCAAAAUCUAUUGACUAAUUUAAUUCAACCAUUAAACAAUUUAAUUGAAACAUUUAAAAAAGACAAAAAGUCACUGAAAAAAUGUGUAGACAAAGAAACAAAUAAUUUAUUUUCAUUGUACACAAUGGAAUUCCAUGCCAGACAUAAAUUAUUUACAUGUUUUCGUCAUUAUGAACAAGUUUAUUAUAAUUAUCAUAUGGAAUCAACCGGUGAUCAAGAAAAUCAAUCAAAUCCUACUAAUCAUGGCUAUCAAAAACGUAGUUUAAGCAUGAACAGAUUUGACAUUACCAAUAUUUCACCAGUUAUAGAUACUACUACAAGUAACAAUAUCUCAUUCAAACAUAAUUUAUUGACUAGACGAAAUUCCAUCCAUGUAGAUGCUACAGAAGUAAACACAACCAUUUCAGAAUUAAGUAAUGAUGAUAGUUCACCAUGUCCAUCUUCGAUUGUUACUUCACGUUUCAGCAGUUUGUAUACUUCUCUACCUUAUAAGAAAAAAUAUCUGAAAGAUGCAAGCGUAACAUCAACUGAUUGCAAACCGAAUAUUACUCGACAUCAUAGCAGUUUAUCAUCGUCAGGAGAUGCAAACGGGCGAAAAUGUUUAACCAUUGAUAAGUUGAGGGACGCCUAUUAUACAAGUCUAACUCAUUAUUACCGAACAUGUCUGUCGGCUGAAGAAGCCAGAAUUGAUUGGCAUUGGAAAAUUUUGAAAUGUCUCAGUGAUCAACAAACAUUGGAAAAUGAUCGUUUAACAAGUUUGACGCAUGGUUUACAAGUUUAUCGUAAUACAUUAGACAAUGCAUUGCCAAUAUGGAAAGCUGCUCUAAACGAAUUAGCUAAUGCUAUCAGUUUAGCUGACCCAUUGAUAGAUUUACAAAAUUUUCGUUAUCGUUCUCAUCAUCAAGAAGAACUGUCUCAAUUAUCAGUACAACAAUUAACUAAUUCAAAGCAAAAGCUAACUGAUAAUAGUUCCAUGAAUGCAAAGCAUGUUGGUUGGUCACUUCAACGUCUCAUUGAUUUACCAUGUGAACAUGUAUUACUGCAGCAACAGCAGCAACACCAACAACAGGGAUCAUCUAGUAGUCCAUCUUUGAAAUCACCAGCAUUAAAUAUGACGCGUAGAAGCAAAGUGCAAACAUCUAUUGACAAAAACAAAGAAACUGUGCCUACCAAAGUCACCGAUUCCACAUCACAUGUAAUCAUUCAAUCCUAUUUAACUAAAUGGUCAAUAUUAACAAUACUUGAUUUGUUAACUAAAGAUAUUGAAAAAGAACGUCGUACAAAAAGAGGUUUAUCGAAUUUAGUACAAGUCUACGCUCACCAACCAUCAUACACCGAUGUAGAUACAUUGAUGAAAGCACGUCAUCGUUUAUACUGUUCACGUGUACGUCUCACUUAUCUUUUGUUAUGUCAUCAAAAAUUAACGCAAAGUUUAAAACAGAUUCAUGCAAAUUCAAUAGAAACUAAAGACAUCGACCAUAAACUAUUCAACUCCUUUUUACAACAAGCUGGAUUUUCCAAAUUAAUUCUUACACCGCAUACCUGUUCUGAAUUCAAUUACAACAACAAGAAUAACAUUACUAUUCAUAGUAAUCAUGAUCCAAAAAAUGCUUAUUUGAUUACAUCACGUUGGAUAGGUUUACCGGAUUUGGAUAGAUUAACUGAUGAUGAGUUGAAUUUAAUCGAAUGGCCACCAUUUCCUGUACAAGAUAUUAUACAUGAAAAUAUAAACAAUGAUCUAUUCCAAUUGGACAUUGAACAAAUUCGUGAUCAACUGAAAACACAAUCAUUUCAUAUGGUAAAUUCAACACAUCAUAAUAUUGACAAUGGAACCGUAUCCAGUGAUAUUCAUCCGCCAUUCAAUAACCAUUCAAUAACUGAAGAAGAUUUAUUAUCUCAUAAUAAUCUAUGUUCAAUUCGAUCAACUAAUCUCAUUUCAACCAAAACUACACGUAAUAAUGCGAAUAUGAUCGAAAAGCCUUGUCGUAGUACAUUGAAGAAUUCUUUACAUUUUGAUGGAAAACCACACAAUAAUAUCAUUCCUAAUGAUCAAUCAUUAGAAAUCAAUAAUCGAUUCUCCACAACCAAACAAUCUUCUGAUAAAGUAAUCAUUCCUAAAAAACAAUCACCUGCGCUAAGUAGAAUUCAAUCUGACCGAAUCAGUCAUACUAUAACUACUACUACUACUGCUACUACUACUACCUCUCAUAUUAGUAGUAGUUUAAGUACAGUGAAAAAUAACAUUAACAAUAUUUCUAAACAUUCCAUGCUUGAUUAUUCAAAGAAUUCUCAUAAACCUAUUGUACCAUUGGUAAUAGAUGAAAUUGAAACUGACGAUUCUAUGGAUAAAUAUGAUACAUCAACAUCAUCAUCAUCAGUUCCUCCAGCUGCCAAAUCAUCGAUUACUUCAGAGAAUAUUGAAAAUUCUAAAGAAAUGCUACCAAAUAACUCAUUUUGGUCACGUCUCACUCAUGGACUACGUGGUGGAUUGCCUAACAACAAUAAACAGCAACAACAAUCUAACCUUCACCAACCGGACAUCAAGCUUCAUCAAAACAGUAAUAAUUUAUCAGUCAAAAAAUCAUUAAUCAUUAAAUCUGAAAUAUCUGAACCAUCAUGUUUACGCAUUGUGCAUAUUCCAACUGGUUCUUGUUCACUUGACUCCGGCAAUAAUACCGGUUCCAUCAAUGAUGAUGAUGAUGAUGCUGAGGAUAAUGGCGACAAUUUGAAUUUGAAUGUAGAAAUGGAGUCUUCUAUCAAUUUGCGAUGUUUAGGUUGGGCUAAAGUUCAACGAAAUUAUUUACCGAGAAAUUCUAAUGAAAUUCAUUUACAAGAAGGUGAUAUUGUUAGUAUUUAUCGUAAAACUAAUGCUGAUUGGUGGUAUGGUGAAGUGAACGGUACGAAAGGUUAUUUCCCGGUGAAUCAUAUUGAAGAAUUUUAA